GUCGUUCCGAGGGACUGCUUAGAAUCGUAGCACCGUGUUAUCACCUUGGGAGGAGAUGGGGGGUGGCAGAUUGGCGCCCUGCUGAGGACUGAACCAGAUUCUACUACCGGUAUGUCGGAUGGGGACAGGCGGAGCAGUCGCGCCAGUAGUAGUACUGGAUCAAGCUCAAGCUUUUCGCCUGCGAUAUCAGGAUUCUAUGGUGCAGACGCCGAGACGGCAAAGCACGUCGUCAUGCUGGUUAAUGACGUGAGACAAGUGGGAGGGGAUCACGUUUACAAGCCCUUCAUCCGACUCCUGAAGGACUGCGCUGCGGGCAGGAUCACUCGGAAGAAGCUGAUCGUGUGUGUCCACGACCUCCUUGUAGAGCACCCCUUCCUGCUCAGCAGAUUCUGCAAGCUCGUGCCCCCUGCACUGGUCGAAGAAAGCGAACAUUCUGACAAGCAGGGAAGUCGACCGCACAGAGGGUCCAGGCGCAGCAAAGCAUCAAAGGACCAGGAAGUGGUCAUCUCCCUGGAGAUGGAGGGCUCCAGGACCAUUUCCACUGUGGAAGAAGCGGACGAGAGCAAGGCGGGAAGGGAAAGAAAGCUUUUUGGGGGCAUCAAGAAAUGGCCAGGGACCAGGAGGACCAUCUCGGAGGAAGCACAUCCCAGCACAGGGCCGCUGUGGAUGAGACCAUGGGCGGUGGCACACCAGUGGAUGAGAAAUCACAAAGUGUCAGACGAUCCAUCAGCGUCCCUGCAGGAGAGGGCCUAGCACUGCGAUUUCUUUGUUUGCACUGGAGGCGAGGGACUGGAAUACUCCGGUGUUGAAAACUGGAACUUCAUGGCUUGAACACAAGUGAGAUUGCAUACCUAGAUAGACAGAGAGUUGCAGGCUCGAAGCUGACCAGAGACACAGGCACAUAUGGAGUGUGGUACAGUGCCCUGCCGUGAAGUAGUUGGUGCAUCUUCUGCUGACACUUGCACUUGCAGCACCACCCGUGCCAGCUGCAAGGGCUGCUGCCAGUAGAGCGUUUUUUACUUUACUUUACCUCUACUGUGAUCUCUCACUUGUGCAACCUGACAGGCCGACACUGCCAAAAGCCUGGACGUGAAGGAAGGAUCGUUUUAAUUGCUUGGGGAUGUUUCCCCCUGAUCUCCUUCAGCGGUGAACGCUGGGGAUUGUACAGAUUGGUGCUGCCUAGAGGUUGGCUGAGGUGUCUCUGUGCUGCAAGAAAUUCGAGCUUGCACCUUUUCCCGCUAGGAGCGUAGAUAUUUUAUAGUGCUCUUUUGCUUAGAUUCCGUAGGCGGUGAGCUCGGCAUAUAGUCUGGAACUCCACACUGUUCAGGACAACCAUGGCUAGCAUAGAGAUGUUGGUCAACAAAUGUUGCUGAUGUGCAUGGCAAACGCAUGAGGCCUAUAAGUGUGCCUUGCGGAGCAUGCUGCUAUUAUGGCGCUUGGAUAAUAUUGGAGAAUGCAGACAGAAGGGCGAUGGCUUGAGAGUUGAGAACUGCGAUUGCGACUUACAUUGAAGUAUGAUCUUUUUCUGUUGGAUCUCUACUGUGUUUGCUUGUAACAUGGAGCAUUUGAUC